CAUGCCAGCAAGUGGCGUCGACGAUAGUCCAAAAACGCCCCUCUUGCGUUUCGCAAAAGUAUUGCAACACCCAAUGGAAGAUAAAAAUAGAGCAAUUUGACAACUAGACACAUUCUUUCCAAAAACGAUUGCAGCGCAAGUGGUGUCUCUUACACCUUGAGUGGUGAGGGCGGAGAGUAUAAAAUGAGGGGGAACCAGUCCAGUCUUUACCCGGCUUUCAAUUGGAGAUAGCAGCAGCACCCAAGAACUCUCUAAAAAUGGCAUUCGCUGGAAUUCUCGCCGACGCUGACUGCGCCGCAGCCGUCAAGGCUUGCGAAGCUGCUGAGUCCUUCAGCUACAAGGCCUUCUUCGCCAAGUGCGGCCUGUCCGGCAAGUCCGCUGACGACAUCAAGAAGGCUUUCUUCGUGAUUGACCAGGACAAGAGUGGAUUCAUUGAGGAGGAUGAGCUCAAGCUCUUCCUCCAGGUCUUCAAGGCUGGAGCCAGAGCUCUUACAGAUGCUGAGACCAAGGCCUUCCUGAAAGCCGGUGACAGCGACGGUGAUGGUGCUAUUGGAGUUGAUGAGUGGGCCGUUCUUGUGAAGGCAUAAUCUGAUUCUGUGGAACCACAGUUUCUGAGUACUGAGGAUGUGCUGUCUGAGUCAAAUAGUAUAUCUUUUUAUAUGCAUUUUAUUUAUAAAGUAACAGGCAAUAUUGUAACUCUAUCCGAGAGCAUUUUCACUGUCACAAUUUUUUUUUUCUUUAAUGCAAUCAUCGCAUACCGAAGAGGAGAAAAUACACCACUGCUCAUUUGUACUUUUGUAAAAUGAAAUAAACUCUGAUUUGGUUUAGAAA